AUGUUCAGAAUGGAAAAAGAUGAUCAAAUUGUUUAUGAAGAUUUAAAGAUCAAAAACUUCAAUGAUGUUGUUAUUCCAGAACCAUUUCAACUUUUGUAUGAAGCAGAAACACAUUACUUUAACCUAAACUUAGAAAAUUUUGAAGAUACAGUCAAGUUCUAUCAAAAAUUCAUUACAGAUGGUCCUGGUGAAACACAGGAAGACAAUUUCAAAUACCUACUCGAAUUGUUCACUGAUGGCGAAUUAAUUGAAACGUAUACAGAUAAUUUACAUUUUCAAAUGAUACAAACUCUCAAUAAUAUUUUUAAACCAACUAUCAAAGCAAAAGGUAUAGAAUUCUAUGAUAUGGCAGUUUGUGCUGGAAUAAAUGUUGAAUUUCCCCCUAAAGUUGCAGAAAAGUAUCCAAAACCAGAAAUGAGGGAACGAAAACCACCAUCCGAGUCAAAACAAAUCAUACUUAGUGAUGAUGUAUCAAAAUUUCAGCAACAUUUUGACAAAUCCGAACCAAUUUAUUAUUACAGGUUUCUGCCAAUGUUAUUUGACAAACCAUCAAUUAACAUUAUCAAAUAUUUACUUAUUAACAACGAUUUUGACGAUUUAACGAAAUUUUCCAGAUUUGAAUUAAUAGAUUUUUAUUGUAAUGCUAUUAAAUCAGGAAAUCUUGAAAUCAUACGAUUAUUUGAACAAAAGGGCAUUAAAUAUGAUAGCUGUUUAUCAGAUGCGUUUAAAUCACGAAAUUCAGAUUUAAUUACAUGGCUUCUUGAAAAUUAUCAACAAAAAAGGUUAAUAGAGUCAGGUUAUCAAAUAUUAAAUCCAUUCUAUUCUGUUUAG